UCUAAUUAUGGUGGGUGGGUGGGUCGAUGGAUGCAUUCGUAAUUCCGUCCCUCAGCCCUCCCCCUUCAAAAAGGCAACAAGCACCUCCCUCUCCUAUUUAUUUCUCCAGUCUUCGCCUACUCCGCCUCCACUGUACUACACCUCAAUUUCCGCCCAGGUAGUUACCCCUGAACAGAAGGUUUGAUGGCUUCCAAGAGAAUCCAGAAAGAAUUGAAGGAUUUGCAGAAGGACCCUCCUGCCUCCUGCAGUGCUGGACCCGUUGGUGAGGAUAUGUUCCAUUGGCAAGCUACGAUCAUGGGACCCGCAGACAGCCCGUUUGCUGGGGGAGUGUUUCUUGUCACCAUUCACUUCCCACCUGAUUAUCCCUUCAAGCCGCCCAAGGUGUCUUUCAACACUAAGGUUUACCAUCCAAACAUCAACAGCAACGGCAGUAUUUGCCUUGAUAUCCUGAAGGACCAGUGGAGCCCUGCCCUCACAAUAUCAAAGGUACUUCUAUCUAUCUGCUCCUUGUUGACUGAUCCCAACCCCGACGAUCCUCUGGUGCCUGAGAUUGCGAACAUAUGCAAGACUGAUCGAGCCAAGUACGAGGCCACCGCUCGAUCCUGGACACAGAAGUAUGCGAUGGGUUAAUAUGCUGUGACUGAUUCAUAUCAAGCCAUUGUAUCUUGGACUAGCUAGUAAUAAUAAACAUUGAGAACGAUGGAAUCGUCUUCGUACCUUGUCUGCAAAUCUUGGCCUUGGAUGGUAAUAAAUCUGUUUGCAGUGCUUUUUAAA